AUGACCCAUAUGAACGAAGUAAGAAUUUGGGAAGAUCUCUCACUCGGCGAUAUUUACAUUUUAGACUACAGUGAAGUAAAUCUAAGCUAUGUAAAAAAGGCUACACCGCAAUUCUUUAAAAAAUUGGAUUUUAUCUGCGAGGAAGUCUGGAAUAAUCAAAUUAAGGAACUUCACAUUAUUAAUGCAUCUAGUGCAGCUGAAGUCAUAAUCGCAUUGCUAAGAAAAUACCUGUAUAGAAGAUUAAGGGACAAAGUGUUUGUUCAUGAGUCUUUAACUGAUUUGUACAAAGUUGUGCCUAGGGAAAUAUUACCAAAGGAAUACGGUGGUGAUGAAAAGUCGUUAAAUGAUUUAAAAGAUUCAUGGUAUAAAACUCUUCAAAAACACCGCUCUAGAUUUGAAAAAUUAGAAAAUAUGAAGGUUCAAGAAAAUCGACGUCCUUCUGCUUGUAAAAAUUGCGAUAUUUUAGGAUACUACGCUGAUACCAUGAUUACCUUUUUUCUGGUUUAUAACAAUUUUAGUAUAGAGAAAACAAAACAAUCCCUGGAUAUGUACUAUUCGGUAAAAACAAUUAUACCAGAUAUUUACCAAAACACUCUUCCUUUUUCUUCAACUGUAAAAAGUGUAUAUGAAGAACUAACAUUUGUACCACUGCCAAAUUUGACCCCAAAUCUACAGAAUGUCGUCUUUGCAAGACUUAAUGGCGAUCCAGAAAAAUUAGUUGGUGAACUGUCAGUAGUAAUAAUGACACAUAUAAACGAAGUUAAAAUUUGGGAAGGUCUAUCAUUGGGCGAUAUUUAUAUAUUCGACUUUUCUAACGAAAUCUGGAAUAAUCAAAUUAAGGAAAUGCACGUUAUCAAUGCUUCUAGUACGUCUGAAGCCUUAAUAGCAUUAAUGAGAAAAUUUAUAUAUAAAGAUUUAAAAGAAAAAAUAUUUGUGCAUGAGUCUUUAGCCGAUUUGUAUAAAGUGGUACCUAGGGAAAUAUUACCCAAAGAAUAUGGUGGUAAUGAAAAGUCGUUGGAUGAAUUAAAAGAUUUGUGGUACGCAACCAUUCAGAAACACCGUCCAAGAUUUGAAGAAUUAGAAAAUAUGGUAGUUAACGAAGAUCGACGCCCAAAUCCUUGUAAAAAUUGCGAUAUAUUGGGAUAUUACGGUAACUACAUGCGUAUCGACGUUAAUUAA